CUUUUCAAUGCAGGCAACCGGAUUACCCAGGAAAUGUGGAACUCCACCAGUUUCCACCCCGAUUAUUUCCUCCUGAUUGGAAUUCCUGGCCUGGAGGACUCACAUCUCCUGAUUUCCAUCCCGUUCUCCAUCAUGUAUGUUUUGGCACUUUUGGGAAACUCUAUGCUGAUAUUGGUCAUCUCAACCAAUGAGAUUCUUCACCAGCCAAUGUAUAUCUUCCUGAUGAUGUUGGCAUUCUGUGACACCCUCUUGAGCUCUUCUACCGUCCCGAAGACCCUCAGCAUCUUCUGGUUUGAUUCUCAUGAGAUCUCCUUCAAUGGAUGCCUCACUGAGGUGUUCUUCAUCCAUUUCACUUUCGGCAUUGAAUCAUCCAUUCUGCUCCUUAUGGCCUAUGACCGUUACUGCGCCAUCUGCCACCCUUUAACAUACGCUACCACCCUCACCAACUCCUUCAUAGCCAAGGCAACCACGUUAGCUGUUUUCAGAGUUUUCAGCAUGGCGGUGCCGUUUGUCUUUCUACUUAAGAGAUUACCUUUCAAGCAAAGCAAUGUGAUAGAGCACACCUACUGUGAGCACAUGUCCGUGGCCAAGCUGGCUACCGCCGACAUAUUAAUCAAUACGGUGUACGGGCUGAUGACAAUUUUUACUUCCCCCGGUGCAGACAUGAUCCUUAUUGUACUGUCCUAUGCUGCAAUAAUCUCAGCAGUUCUGAGGCUCCCAUCCUCCGAGGAUCGGUUCAAGGCCUUCAAUACAUGUGUGUCUCACAUCUGUGUCAUCGUUCUCUUCUACAUCCCGGCCUUCUUUUCUUUUAUAGCUCACAGAGUCGGCCACAAGUACAUUUCUCUGCAGUUCCACAUCAUUUUCGCUAACCUCUAUGUCCUCAUUCCACCAAUGAUGAACCCGAUCAUCUACGGAGUAAGAACAAAAGAAAUACGGGAGAGGACUCUUGUUAUAUUUUCCAGACUGACUAGUAAUAGACAAUGAGUGGUGACCUUCCUCCAAGAUUGCCGGGGACAAAGAGGUGAUUCUUAUCUCAAGCUUAUUGUAUACA